AUGAGUGUCGCAAUGAUCAUUGAUGGCGACAAAUUUGAUGUAAAUUGAACCAUUUUGCGGUUGUUUAAUUUUAAUUGAAAAAAAAUUAUAUUUGUUACGACAUCAGUUUCAUUUAGGAUCUUUUGUUUAAACUGAUGGAACCGGGUUAAUAGGAAUGAACUCUGAUUCAACCUAUACAUAAGCAUGAAGUAUUUGUAGAAGAAUUGAUUUUUUAAAUAAUCCACAUUUCAUACGGGUGUGGACGGUAGAAACAGUGUACAAAAAAUGGAUAUUGAUACUGCUAGUGAUAAUACUUCAAUAGAUGACAAAACUGAAGAUUUUUGUGAGAAUCCAACUAGAGAUGCUUUGACAGAAGGACUUAUGAGUUUAUUAAAGCCUACUGUUGAUCAGCUGGAUGAGAGAAUUCGUGCUACAAGAAUUAGUCAAAUUGAAUUAAAACAACAGAUUGAAUCACUUACUGAGGAGUUGGUAAAAAUUUCUGAUUACCUUCAAUGUCCUUUUGAAUUGGAUAGCUACGUGAAAAAAUUAGUAAAUGCCAAACAAAGAGUGACAGUAGUGAGUAACAUAUUACAAACAACUCAAGAACGAUUAAAUAAAGUUCAUGAUGCAGUAGAAAAAGAUACUGCAAAGAGAAAAGCAUUAUUGGACCACAGUCCGGCUUAUAAUGUUCCUGAGGUGAGUCAGGAAGAAAAUAACACUAAAAGAGAAACUACAGAUCCAUCCAACGAGCAAGAAACCCUCGAGAGUCAAGCCACUCCGAAGUAAGAAUUUAACCUAAAGGUGAUAUUUUUUCGAAUAAAU